UGCUCUAAUAGCCUAUCGCAGUUUGAGAUACACACUUAACAGUCACGCAUACACUCGCCGAGCCCAAAAAAAGCACACUUCUCAACUCCACCGUUGGGGGGGGGAGGGAGACACCAGAUGAGAUUUGUUUCCAAACGCGCACCGAUGGCGGUGUGAGGCGUUUGGCUGAGAAGUACGCACGGCGCGGUGGAAUUGUGGAGCUUUUUUUUGUUCAUCCUCUCUGUGUCUGGAUCGUGGUGGAAGGGAAAUAAACAAAGCCAUGGAUUACUCAGUCUACCUACUUUUACUCCUGUCAACCAUUUCGUCUGUGUCGCUCGGACGAUUCCCGGACGCGCAUAAUAUAAAGUCAUGGGUGGACCAGAUGCAAAAAGAGUUGAUCACUUUAACAGACACUGCCAGUGGCCUGCAGGACCUAAUACAGAUAUAUAAAUCACACAAAGCUCACUUCAGCGUGAAGUCCAACAAUCCAGGGGAACUGGUGGCAAUGGCUGCUGGGAACAUUGAGAAAUUCCUGAAUAACCGCUCCCUAGCCCUAAAGAGGCUGGCAACAGAAGCAGAAAACCUUCAGAAGGAUCAUGAGUGGAGAGACGACAUCGAGAUCAACAAAACUGUUUACUACAAUGCCAAAGAUGAAUCCAAUCAGACACAGGGGAACCGAUAUGUUCCAGAUGAUUUCCACAUAGACCCCAGCUUCAAACGACUUGUCUCUUACAACACCACCGCUGUCCACAUCCCUACGGAUAUAUAUGAAGGCUCUACCAUCAUUUUGAACGAAUUAAACUGGACAGAAGCCUUGGAGGAUGUUUUCCGGAAAAACAAAGAGGAAGAUCCCUCACUCCUCUGGCAGGUGUUUGGUUCUGCCACAGGACUGGCGCGAUAUUACCCAGCGUCCCCUUGGAUCGACUUGAGCAAUUCAGCCAAUAAUAUCGACCUCUAUGAUGUGCGCAGGCGACCGUGGUACAUUCAGGGGGCGGCAUCACCCAAGGACAUGCUGAUCCUGGUGGAUGCGAGUGGCAGUGUUUCAGGUCUCACCCUAAAACUCAUCCGAACGUCCGUUAGCAAGAUGCUAGAGACCCUCUCUGACGAUGACUACGUGAACGUGAUCUAUUUCAAUGAAGAUGCCAGUAAUGCAUCAUGCUUCCAGAACCUUGUGCAGGCCAACGUCCGCAACAAAAGGAUCCUAAAAGAGGGUGUACAGAAAAUCACCGCUAAGGGUAUCACCAACUACAAAGGCGGCUUCGAGCUGGCCUUCGAGCAGCUCGCGCAGGUGAAUGUGUCAAGGGCUAACUGUAACAAGAUUAUCAUGCUCUUCACUGAUGGAGGAGAGGACAGGGCAGAGGAGAUCUUUAAAAAAUACAACCCAAAGCAAGCGGUGCGCAUCUUCACAUUUUCAGUAGGUCAACACAACUAUGACAAGGCCCCAAUUCAAUGGAUGGCUUGUGCUAAUAAAGGCUAUUACUAUGAGAUCCCAUCUAUAGGUGCCAUUAGGCUCAACACUCAGGAGUACCUGGAUGUUUUGGGCAGGCCUAUGGUUAGGUAUAACAAGAAGAACAUUGCGGUUCAGUGGACCAACGUCUACCUGGAUGCCCUGGAACUUGGCCUGGUGAUCACUGGAACUCUGCCUGUCUUCAACAAGACCAAAACAGGCUCAAAGAAGUCACAGCUCAUCUUGGGGGUCAUGGCUAUUGAUGUCUCCCUGGAAGACAUCAAGAGACUCACACCUCGGUUUACUUUCGGACCAAAUGGUUACUACUUUGCCAUUGACCCCAACGGAUAUGUUCUGCUUCACCCUAACCUCCAGCCACUGACUGCCAAGUUUCAUGAACCUGUAACACUGGACUUCCUGGAUGCAGAGAUAGAGAACAAGAUCAAAGAGGAGAUUCGAAAAAAUAUGAUUGACGGGAAAACAGGACAUUACACAAUAUCUACAUUGGUGAAAUCCCAAGAUGAGCUCUAUAUGGAUCGAGGUCAGAGGACGUAUACCUUUGCACCAGUAAAGGGGACAGAUUACAGCCUGGCCCUGGUCCUUCCUGAGUACAGUAUGCAUUACAUCCAGGCUACAAUUGGUGACACAAUCACCCAGGCAAAAUCAUUUUUGGGGAAAAAUGUUUCUGAAAGCCUGCUUGCAGACAAGUUUGAUGAAUAUGGCUAUACAUUUAUUGCACCGAGGGAGUACUGUAAGGACUUAAAGCCACCUGACAAGAACCAAAACAACACUGAGUUCCUCAUGGAGUUCAACGAUUACAUUGACAGAAAGACUCCAAACAACCCCAUGUGUAACGUGGAGCUGGUGAAUCGAUUGCUCCUGGAUGCUGGCAUUACCUCGGAUCUGAUCAAGAUUUGGAAACAAAACGAGUUGCAGCUUGGUGUCUUGGCCAGAUUUGUUGCCACCGAUGGAGGAAUCACACGGGUCUACCCCAAAAGUGCUGGGCUGUACUGGAACGAAGAAGCAGAGACGUAUGAGUUAAGUUUCUACAAGAGGAGCUUGGACAAUGACCUGUACAUCUUCACUCCAACACCGACCAACCACAAAGAGAACUCAAGUGAUGCCUCAGUCCUGGUGAGCAGAGCAGUAAACCUCAAUGUUGAUGAUAUCACGCUUAAACCCGCUGUGGUUGGAGUAAAAUUGGACAUCAGUGUCUGGAUGGCGAAAUUUAUCAACACCACACAGAGGAUGAAUUGCAAUGAUGAGAUCUGUGGCUGCCAGAGAAAUGAUGUGUACGUAGACUGUGUCAUUCUGGAUGAUGGAGGCUUCCUGGUGAUGUCCAAUCGAGAUGAAUAUGUCGAUCAGAUCGGAAGUUUCUUUGGUCUUAUCGACCCAGCACUGAUGAGAAACCUGACCAACUCCCUGUACACCUUUAAGCAGACCUUUGACUACCAGUCGCUCUGUGAUACCAAAAAAGAGAGCAGGACGGAUGCAGGCCCGCGAUCUGUCUAUGUGCCCACAAUAGCCGAUAUUUUGAGUUUAGGAUGGUGGGCGACAGCUGCAGCCUGGUCAAUACUGCAACAGAUACUGGUCAGCAUCACAUUCCCCAGUGUCCUGGAUGCAGCUGAAAUGGAUGAUGAAGUGUCAAAUCCUAUGCUUAAAGAGGUCUGCAUCACCAAGCAAACUCAGUUUUACUUUAUGAAUGACGAGCUGUCUUUCAGUGGCACACUCGACUGUCAGAACUGUUCCAGGCUCUACUACGCUGAAAAGCUGCCCAAGACAAACCUGGUCUUUAUCAUUGCUGAUGCAAAACUCACCUGCCCGUCCUGUAACGACACCAAGAUGACACAGAAAGAAGAGCAGUCUGAUGGUCCUGAUCCCUGUGAGCUGGUUGACAAUCCUCGGUACAGGAAAGGGCCUGCAGUCUGUUUUGAUAACAACGAAGCUGAGGAGGACUCUGACUGUGGCGGGGCAUCCGGACUGAGUUCUUCACUUUGGCUAAUGAUCACCCUCCAGCUAUUGCUGCUCUGGGUUCUGACUGGUUCCAGAAACCACGCCGUCCCCUCAUGACCUCUGAACAACCUGAUCGCACCCUCUAUCUCCCUCCCUCCGUAUCUCCAAUAUGGCAACCAGCAUGCAAUGCUGCCACCACAAUGAUGAACGCCUGAUGAGAAGCACUUGCAACAAAUAAGCAAAAACCCGUGAGCCCUGCAUUCUACCAUUUUCCUUUUUUUUUCUUUAAUACCUUCAUUUUCAGGGGUUUCUCAAAGUGAUUUCACCAGGUGCAAGGUUACAAGUGACAAAAGAAAUGUGUAUCAGAAGAUACUGGUUUGAACAAUAAGAAAGACCUCGACUUACUGCUAUCCUUCAUCCUUUAAUGGUCCCCGCCGACUGAGAUUAGAGGAAUCCAGAGAUUAAUUUUGAUUGGCAACUUCCAAACCUUCUCUGGCUUGACGAGGGAGAUCGGACUGCCUUAUAGUAUCAGAGGGAUUGAAGUCAUGAUGGGAGGGACUGGUUAUUGAAGAUGUUGAGCAGUUAUAUUCACCACUGCCAGAAACAAUGCUGCCCUUUGAAGGGGUAUAAUUUAUUUUGAAUCGAUUUGCAGUGGCUAGUUAUUAGGUAUUUAUUGUUUUGUGGUUCAGAAUUUGGCUACAAUUGCAGUAAGAGAUGCCAAAUUGUUACAUCACAAGCUUUUGCCCUUCAUUUGCCUCAGCUGACUUGCUGACAAUAUAAUGUUGUCUCAGUCUGAUUUUUAGAUUGCACCAUCUAGAACACUUUCACAACGUCUUUAAGGGCAUUGCCUUCACUUUCGCCCUGGUGUUCUUUCAUGUAGAUUCUGUAUUUGCAGUGUGGAAAUCAUGUUCGUUGUUAUGUUUAUGCACAGAUACCAACCCAUCAACUGCCACAGAGCACCUGCUUCUGUGUGUAUGGAUUUUAACUUUGUAGCUGAACAUCUAACCAUCAGCCAUGAUCACGAGUGGUAAAUGUGUCUGGAUUUCCCACCUUGGUGUUGGAUUGCUCCAGUGAAAAUUUUGUUGCCAUAGCUCACAUUAACCAUUCACAAUGAGCCUGGCUGGUGUCCUUUGCCAGUGGACAAAAUCUCUAGUGCCAUGUGGACUGUGUAACUCAGACGAACCCUUUAGCUUUGUAGACUGUGGCUGCUAAAUGGAGAGAAGAGUAGUAUUUACUUAUUUGACCAUUGUUUGGUUUUAUAUUUGAAUGAAGCAUCAGGACAUCUUGCUACUGUUUGUUUUAAUGCCACCACUAAAGAAAAUGAUUGAGGGAGGUGAGAGUUUGUACUUGACAUUUUGUUCAACAAAAAAAAAAGUACAUUUGUAUUCACUGCUGUCACUUUUUAAAUUAAAUGACUACUAUCUGCACUGCGAUUCAAAGUGCAGCUGUUAUUUGUCUUCACUGUUUGAUCUUCUGGCUGAAAAACAGCCCCUGUGUCUAUGUAAUAGUGGAAUUCCCUCUUGCAGUUUAUUACUCUGCAGCGUAAUAUCACUAAGUGGAAAUCACUAUACAGCAGCGGUCAGUUCAUCCUCUCUAUUGCUCUUACAUCUUAUCCAAUAUACUGUGUGUUCAUCUUGUUUUUUGCAAUUGUUACAUGAAUAGAAAAUACCUAACUUAGGCAAGAACAUUUGCAGAUGAUUUACUGUGGAUGAUUUUAGCAAGUGUCAUCUUGUUUGCAGGAGGCAAGGACAACUAAGUAGUCAGAUUUAUUGAAAAUAGAAAUGCAUUAAUCAACCAAACACCUGCUGCCGAGCAAAAUAAAUCUGACAAAAUAAUAAAAGAUUACAAAGGACCAAAACUGGACUCUUAAAGCAGUUAAAUGCCAGUACAUUACCAAAUAUGUCAGCAAAGAUUAUGCAUGUGAAAUAAACCACUUUAAUCAUUUCAGAAUGAAAAUAUAAAUUCAUACUGAAUAUGCAAUAUGUGAAAAAUUGCACACUGUUUUUUGUAAUUAAUUUAUGCUGUCACACAAAAUUGAGGAUUAGAAAAAAGUAAUGCAUUUAGACAGGAAAUAAUAUGUCAGAGAACUUGGCUAUAAUUAUUUACAAAACAAGCUUUAAAAAAUGUCAUUUUUACUUAAACCAGAUGCACUUGAGGGUUUGUUUGGCACUGCUGUCAACAAGUAAUCACACAGUGUUCAGAACGGACAAUCACAGAUUUAAAAGAUUCAUAUGGUUGGUUAUGUGUGAGGCCUCAUUAGUUCACUGAAAAGGCAAGAGACCUGCCAUAACAGUAACCAUUAUGUUACAACUGUUUAGUGAUAUCAGAUAAUUUAAGGAUACACUACACAGUGACUAAUCGGACCCCCAAAUCAUCAAAUAUCCUCACAACUCACUGUUAAACACAUGAAAAUUAGAUUUUUCAUCUGUUUUGCAUUGAAAGCAUCAACUAGUAAUUUGAUGGUUCUGAGGACACUAUAUGCAGAGCCCCGCUAAAACAAACAAUGGAGUGCAUCUUUAAGAAGUGUAUAUUAAAAUAAACACUGACACAUGUUUGCAGGAAACUACUUAAUUCUGUGUGACAGUGAAAACCAUAUAAUUAAAAUGUGUGUGCCACAUUACCACUGACAUUCGUCUCCCACCCUCCUCAGAAUUCUUUUAACUAAAUAAUUGCUAUUACAUCACAUUACAUAAUAUUGUUUUGUUUUGUUUUUUUUAAAUUAUAUGCAUUCUUCCCAGUCAGAUCAAGGAAUGCUACAUCAGUCAUAUUUCGUGGCAACGCUCCACCACCAUCAUUAAACCACCAUCAUCGUCAGUAAUUUCCAAGUGGUCUGAGGUGCACUUUUUUCUCCCAGUGUUUUCCUCCAUUUUUAACUAUAACCUUCCAACUAAAACAAUGUGGUAAAACUAACAAUGGUAUUUAUGCUCUUUUUACAUUUACUAACACUCAAGAAUAUCAAGUGCCAUAUAGGACUCUCUUAUUCUCUUGUGGAGAAACCUAUUAUCCUAAUAUAACAUUUAUGCAACGUUACCAAGGCAAGAUGUAAGUCUCAUAAAUUGUUUCCCUGUGCUGCAUGAUAGUGGCUGACAUUUUUUUUUUUUUUUUAAUGAAAAGCAUAUCCAAUGUGCUCCUGCUUUAAUGUGUAAUAUUGGGAAGCAUAAUAUCCUGGGUGUCAGACAUUAAUUCAUGACAUGAUAAGGUGUGAUCAGCUAUUACUGCCUUUCUCUUGGGGAGACAGCAUUUGGUUCGGCUCUGGUCUGAUAAGCUUCAUUAAAUACACGAAAAAUGUGGAUUAAUGCAGAUCUGAUGUUCACUGUGAUUCAUCACACAACAGCAAAUUUGAAGAUUCGGAUUUGAUAUUGUAUGAAAAUGAGUGGAUACCGAUGACUAAGAGAGUAAGAGACAGAAAAGAAAAAGUACAUCCAAAUUUCAAAAAAAUUGAAAAAUGAUUGGCAGUAGUAGACUGCAAAGUAUACAUGAAAUGUAGUGAUUGAUCCGAAUGCUAAAACUAG